GUGAAUUUUCUAUUUAUAGCCCAAACGGUUUGCAUAUAGAUGUAUGUUCUAAAUCUUUGUUUACAUCUUAAAGUUGAAUGAUUACGCAAACUCAGAUUUUUUCAUACAAAUGAGAAAGACCCAGUAACGAGAAAAGAAGAAAAUUCAUUUACUAAAGAUAUAUUAAUUGCAAGGAUGGUGUCAAUAAUUGAUGACUAUAACAUAACACUAUGUGCUAUAGUAACUGUGGCCAUGCAGUUCACAUUUUUCCUGAUUGCUUGUUCAUGCAAGUUUGACAAAGUGACAGACUUUGCUGGAGGCACAAACUUUGUUGUAUUGGCUCUAUUAACAUUCUUACUCGCACAGACAUACGCAACAAGGCAGAUAAUGGUGACUGUAUGUAUAUGUGUAUGGGGAGCGAGGUUGUCCGGGUAUUUAUUGUAUCGAAUAAUCAAGAUCGGAGAAGAUAAACGCUUUGAUGAUAAACGAGACAACUGUCUGGCAUUUGCUGGCUUCUGGACAUUUCAGGCAGUUUGGGUGUUCACAGUUAGUCUGCCUGUUAUAUUUAUCAAUGCACCAGUCAGUGCAGAUAGAAGAGAUUAUUGGACUGUGAUGGAUAUUGUUGGCCUGACUUUAUUCACUAUCGGCCUUCUGUGUGAAGCUAUAUCGGACCAGACAAAGUUUAUGUUCAGGAAUAACCCCGCCAACAAAGGCAAAUGGUGUGAUACAGGUUUUUGGAAAGUUUCGAGACAUCCUAACUACUAUGGUGAGAUACAGUUGUGGAUUGGUGUAUUUAUCAUCAGUACAAGUGUACUACAGAAUGGGGAGUGGGCGGCCGUACUGUCACCGAUAUUUAUCUCAGCUAUAUUACUUUUCCUCAGUGGAAUACCACUAUUAGAAAAGAAGGCCGAUGAGCGAUAUUUCAAAAAUGAAGAGUAUAGAAGGUACAAGAAGAGAACAAGUCCAUUAAUUCCACUUCCUCCAGCAUGCUAUGGUUGUCUCCCUUAUCCAAUCAAAUGUCUCUGUUGCUGCGAGUUCCCGCUGUAUGAUCAUCUAGCAGAAGAGACGGAAAAGAUAACCGUUACAAAAGACUUGGAAGCAGGCACAAAUAGAAAUGAAUCUAAUUCAGCUAACAAUGUGUGAUGGCAAAAAAAUGAUAGAAUUUGAUUUUGGGUUGGUGAUGCCCUGUUUUGGAAUGCCAGAUCAUGCCAGGGUUUCUUAAAUUGCACAAAAUUGUGCUAGUUUCUAAUUAAUCAAAAGUUUUUUAUAUCAGCAGGUCAAGUUUUGAGUGUUGAAGAGAUUUAAAUGCCAAAAUUGAUAAUAAAAGGUACCAUUGCCUUGUAAUAUGUGCUUAUAGCAUAAAGCCAUGAGGGCCUUUUGAAUCCUAUUUAUUUGGCUAUGUUGUUUGUUUAAGUUAUUUAACUAUAAAUAUCAUGUUUUAUGGACAUGAUAUAUUUUGUUUAGCUGUUACACUUGUCUUAUGUUAUUAUGCAAACAUAGACAUGUAUAUUAAACUACACAUGUCUUACAGCAUCAUGAAAACAUAGACUUGUGUAUCUACCUAUACAUGUCUUAUGACGUUAUGAAAGCAUAUAUAUAUUGUAGAUAAAAUGAAAACCAUAAUUAUGUUAAUUUAUUUAACAUAGAAUAUAGAUUACUUGGUUUUGUUUCCUUUUAUAUUGAUUAAUAGUUGAGAAACUUUUUUUUGUUGUUGCAAGAUUAGCUAUUGAUACUUAUUGUUUCUUGUUAAUUUGAUGACAAUUUUCUGUUUGGAUAGUUGUAAAUAUCUUACUCCUGGUUGCAUAUUUCAAUGGAAAUUUGAGUUAUAAAUUUGACAUUAUAAAUAUUGGUAGCUUCAAUUACAUAUAGAACCGGGAGGAUGAGCAAGGUCAAGAUAUUUGUAGCAUUCUGUUAGGUUUUUAUAACCUAUGUGUUACUUGUCUCUUUUGUAACUGUCAAAAGAUGAAAUUGAUAAUACAAUAGUGUGUUUUAUGUUAUCAGACUUUUUGUAUGUUUUGACUUGAAGUGCUAAUAAUAUAGAUCACAUUUGCUGUAGUCACAUUAUUAUUCUGUGUGUUUAACCAUUCUGGGAUGUAGCUUUUGUAUUUUGUUCAUACAGCAUAUAUC